GAUAAGUGAACGUCGUCUCUCUCUCUCUGCCGCCAUCAUGAACGAUGGCAACAGGGACUAGAGCAUGCCUCUUCACUUUUCCGCAUGUUGAGGUCUGCUCAUACUUCUUACACUCGUAGGACCCUCGCUCUGUUCCGUUUCAGCAACAGAGGUUAUGCAAAGAGUGUUCUUCUACUCAGCAAUAAAUCGAAAAAUUUGUAAUUGCCAUGUCGGAGAGAAGUUGUCAACACGAAGACAGAGAUGACCAAAAAAGUCAACACGAAGUUCGAGCUUUGAAGGGGGUCUCUUCCGUUCAGAGUCAGUGACCAUUGAGUGCGGAGCUUUCAUUAUCGUUAUCGCUGUCUGUUAUCGAUAUCGGGGUUGAUUGAGGAUCGAUCCAGCGUCUCACAAUCUUCGAUCCAGUCGUCGCGACAAAAGACGCAGCAUCGUUGCAAAAGGGCCUACAGCUUGAAGAGAGAGAGAGACGAAAAAGAAGCUCGAAUCUCUCGUCUUCAUCUCACCAGUACCUCUACCAUCGUGCAAAAAGGAUGAUACUUCUGUCGUCUUUUAAGUUCGUAGCGCUAUGUAGGUAAAUUGGGCCUUCGGCUCUUUCUCCACUGUGCUCUCCUUACCACCUUUGCGUCUGUGAAGUGCUCUUUUGACCUUUCUUGCUUGCUUACCUUUGCUUUGCUUGCGUCGAACACUUCGAAAAGUUUGGAAUUGUAACUGUACCAUCGUGCAAAAAGGAUUG